AUGUCCUGGCUAUUCGGAAAGAAGAAAGAGGAACAGCCCAAGGUUGAGGAGGUCAGGGAGGUGACCUUCGACCUGGACCCUAACGCCAACUCCGCCGCCUCUUUCCUCAACGCUGAUCUCGACACCACAAAGCUGCAUCCCAUGGCUGGUCUCGAUGCCGGCAUGGAGUACUUCACUCUCGAGGGCAAUGAGACCAUUUACUACGAUGGUCUGCUUCCGUCUCGAGGAUGGAACGAUGACCUGUGUUACGGAACCGGCGUUCUGUACCUCUCUGGUCUCGGUGUCGGAGGUUUCUCGGGUCUAAUGGAAGGUCUGCGAACAGUCCAGGAGGGCGCACCAGCCAAAAUCAAAAUCAACCACGUUCUUAACACAAUCACCAAGCGAGGUCCCUUCCUUGGUAACUCCAUGGGUGUUCUGGGAUUUUUUUACAACAUCAUCAACUCCAAGAUUCUCUACGACAUCCGAGGUAAGCACGACUCCUUCAACUCUAUUGCUGCUGGAGCCAUUGCCGGAGCCAUUUUCCGUGCCCCUCGAGGAACCAAACCUAUGCUCAUUGCUUCUGGUAUCACCGCUGCCGGAGCCGGUGUUUGGUGUGUAUUUAAGCAGGCUGUUUUCGGUCCUCCUGCUGAGAAGACUCCUCUUGAGUAA